AUGAGGGCGUCCAAGUAUCGCCAUGUUUUUGGGCAAGGCUCCAAGAAGGAGUUGUGCUACGAAAAUCUCAAAAUCACAAAGAACGCAUGGGACUCCAACAUUAUCCAAACCAACGGAAAGUAUAUAUCUGCUAAUUGGGAUGCAUCAGGAGGUGGAGCAUUUGCGAUUAUUCCAGUUGAAGAAGUUGGUAAAGCUCCCGAUAAAGUCUCGUUGUUUAGAGGACACAAGGGGCCCGUUUUGGAUACAGCAUUCAACCCAUUCGACACACAAGAGGUGGCCAGUUGCUCAGAUGAUGGCAAAAUCUUGAUUUGGAAGAUUCCUAAAGACUAUUCAUUUCAUCGCUACCUUGAUGAAAACGAGGAAAUCAAAGACAUUACUGAGCCAGAAAAAGUCUUGCUGGGACACACUAGAAAGGUUGGUUUGAUUGAAUACCAUCCUUGCGCGGCAAAUGUUUUGGCUUCUAGUUCUUUGGAUUAUACAGUUAAGAUUUGGAAUACCGAGACUGGCAAGGAUGAGAUAACCUUGCAACAUAAGGAUUUAGUGACGUCGUUUGCCUUUAAUUAUAAUGGAUCUUUGUUAGCAACUACGUCUAGAGACAAGAAACUUAGAGUUUGGGAUAUAAGGUCAGGCAAAGUGUUAUCCGAAGGUCCCGGCCACACCGGCGCCAAGCCAUCAAGAAUAAGAUGGCUAGGAAACACAGAUAGGAUAGUAACAACUGGGUUUUCCAAGUUAUCAGAUCGUCAAGUCGGAGUAUGGGAUGUCGAAAAUAUUGAUGAGGGACCAAUUGGUGGAUUUAUGGUCAUUGAUGCGUCCUCGGGUGUUUUGGUUCCCUACUUUGACCCAGAGAAUUCGAUUUUGUAUCUCGCUGGUAAAGGUGACGGUAACAUUCGUUAUUACGAGUACGACAACGAUGUGUUACAUGAGUUAUCUCAGUAUGCUUCUACAGACCCACAAAGAGGAUUUGCAGUGGCACCGAAACACUCAGUUAAUGUAAAGGAAAAUGAAGUUGUUAGAGCAUACAAGACGGUUUUAGAUACCCUGAUUGAGCCAAUAAGUUUCAUCGUACCUAGAAGGUCUGAGUUAUUUCAACUGGAUAUAUAUCCCGACUGUCCUUCAACCACACCCGCCCUCAGUGCAGAGGAAUGGCUCGAUGGUAAGGAGGUUAAUGGACCUGUUUUGAUAAAUAUGGAAGCUAUAUACGAAGGAACAGAACCAAGUUUGAAGGACAGCAAACCGGCUACCAAAGUAUCGGAAGUUAAGGAGGCAAAAAACAGAGACUUGGAAAAGAAAAAGGAAGAAACUAUCAAGAAAAGGGAGGAGGAGCAAAAAGAAAAAAAGGCAACAAGCGAAAAGAAACCUGAGCCAUCCAAGGACGUGGCUGAGUCAGCUGAAACCGUUUCUUCAUUGAGUGGUGCCCCCAACAAGAAUGUAGAUGAGUUGUUGCAGGGUUCUAAUGAAGUCGGGGAUCUUUUGAAUAAGGUAGCCAAUCAAUCUGAUGAAGAAGAUUCGAGUGAAACUGAAGAAUCAAAGGACGAUGGAUGGGAAAAAGUGAAGAAGCCUGAAGCCAAGUCUGUCUCUCCAUCAGAAAGUAAAGGAAAAGAAGUCAAGGGGCUUGAAUGUAAUCCAUCGUCAAAUAGCGAAAACAAAUUGGAAAAGGUAGACAAACAGCCCAAAGCAUCUUCUCCCGAAACUGAAACUAAAACUGACACCGAAAAGGUAGUUGGUGGCAAGGAGCCUGAAACUUCAAAGUCAAUAGAUGAUAAAGAAACAAUCCCCAACGAUAGUGCAAAGGACACCGACUCUUCAUCAAAAGGUCAAGUGAAGGAAGAGAAAAAGACGACCGAUGACAAGUCAACCAAAGCAUCCAGUACCAAGCCUACAUUAGCCUCUACAAUUGAGAAAUUAUCCAAUUUAGUGACACAGUUUGAGUCUCAGAUUGUGAAGUUAGAGAAAGCUAAUUUGGACAAGGACGAAAGAUUGAAAUCUUUGGAAGAAAAGAUUGAGAAUUUGCUUAAAAAAUAA